UUUCUUCAAAGGAGCGAUAGCUACGCAAAGAGCAAAUAUUUUUUUCUAAUAAAAAUGGCUACUUUGGAUUCAUCAAACUCGUCCACCGAAACCGACGUUGAAACAAACCCUAGCCCCGAUCCUAAUUCUUCAAAAGCUACAAUCCCAAAUCCUCCUAAUUCCAAUUCCCCUUCCGUAUGCCUCAUCAAUUUCGCAGGAGAUUCCGCCGCCGGCGCCUUCAUGGGCUCCAUCUUCGGUUACGGUUCGGGAUUGAUUAAAAAGAAGGGCUUUAAAGGCUCCUUUGUGGAGGCAGGAUCUUAUGCCAAGACGUUUGCAGUUUUGUCGGGUGUACACAGUUUGGUGGUUUGCUUUUUGAAGAGGCUGCGCGGAAAAGAUGAUGUUAUUAAUGCUGGUGUAGCCGGAUGUUGCACUGGACUUGCUCUAAGUUUUCCAGGUGCGCCCCAGGCACUUCUUCAGAGCUGUCUAACCUUUGGAGCCUUCUCGUGUAUCAUGGAAGGGCUUAACAAGCAGCAGCCAGCGCUGGCACAUUCGUUUUCUUCGAGAAACAAGAGUGGAACUCGCCCGUUGGCUCUCCCUCUUUCGCUCCCUCUUCCGGAUGAGUUCAAAGGAGCUUUCUCUUCCUUCUGCAAGUCCAUAGUAAAACCAAAUAAAGGCAGCUCUUGGAGAGCUAACUGAUGGGGCUGCCAUUUUUAUGUUCUUGUGUUUUGUAUAUCGUUGCAAGUGCGGGUGGUGAGACUGUACACUUGAAAAAUUUUGUUAAAGAUUUUUGAAGCAUUUGCAAACUGAAAUAUGAAGUUGUUUCUUUUAUGUACUUUUGUUG